UGUGAUUUUCGACACUUUUCUGGUCUCCGCGGCUUCGGAAUGACAUUUAUAUCUCAUGUCAAUACAUGCUCAUAAAAGGCGUUUAUGUGCGUCCUGGGCGGUUCAAGUUAAACGCAUAUCUGGCUUCACCCAGUGAGUCCAUGGCUGACCAGCAUGAGUCUAUCGAUCUCAGGUCUCCUCCAGUGGACCCGUCAGCAGCUGCAGGACACAGCUGGUUCCCUGGACCCCCUCCACCCAUGUAUUCCUGCACCCUGACCCCUGAGCUGGUGCAUAAAGCCCGGGAGGAGCUCCAGGAGAAGCCAGAGUGGCGUCUGCGAGAUGUCCAAGCACUAAGAGACAUGAUACUUAAGGAACAGCCCAAUCUCAGGACUCGCCUCGACGACACUUUUCUCUUGCGCUUCCUGCGGGCCAGGAAGUUUGACUAUGACCGAGCUCUGCAGCUGCUGCUCAACUACCACGCAGGCCGUAAGGCUUGGCCAGAGGUCUUCCAGGACCUGAAGCCAUCCACAGUGAAACACGUCCUGGACCUGGGCUUCCUCACAGUCCUGCCACAGCCGGACCCCAGCGGGAGAUACGUCCUCUUUCUCCGACCAGGAAAAUGGAAACCAAAUGAUUAUCCGUUUGUGGACAAUGUGAGGGCCAUUUAUCUAACUCUGGAGAAGCUGAUCCAGCCGGAGGAGACGCAGGUGAACGGUAUUGUCAUCUUAGCCGACUACAGCGGAGUGGGCAUGUCCCAAGCGUCCAAUCCAGGCCCGUUCCUUGCCAAAAAAGUAGUGAGCAUCCUCCAGGAUGGGUUUCCAAUCCGAAUCAAGGCUGUUAACAUAAUAAAUGAGCCCAGGAUUUUCAAAGGCAUCUUUGCUAUUAUUAAGCCCUUUCUGAAGGAGAAGAUGGCAGAGAGGUACCUCCUCCACGGCUCGGACCUGCGCUCUCUGCACCGGAACAUCCCGCGGUCGGUGCUGCCGGACGAGUACGGCGGCACCGCGGGCCAACUGGACUUGUCUGCGUGGCUGAGAGUGCUGCUGGACUGCGAGGAGGAAUUCAUAGUGGAGUUCUGCCAGCCUGAUCCACUAGAGGGCGUGGUGCUCCCAGACUCCAUGCUUUUUGAAGGAGAGCAGGCCAGAGGGCAGGACGACGACACCUUCAGGGGGCUGCGCUCGCAACUUUACUACUGUUACUGAUGCAGGCUGUAUAAAUGCAUACACUCCCAUCACUGGGAGGACAUUUUCUGUUUCAUUUGAAACAAGUGUGUAGACUUUUACAGGGCAAGUUGCCAAUAGCAUACAUGAUUUAUUUUACUAACUAAGCAGCACUUCUAUAGGUGUAUAGUCUAUUGUAGUUUACAUGUAGCCCAUAAUUAAAUCAUGGUUCCAAGGCAGCUGCAGGUUCCGGCAUAGAGGCCUUUGAGAUGAGCCGAUACAUGUUUGGUCCUUAUGGUUGGCGCUCUUGUCAAAUUUAUUUAUGGUACUUAAAGGAUAGGGCCACACAUGUUUUAAUAUCCAUCGCCCAUAUGUACAUUGAAGCGGGUUUUGCCUGAGGAAAGCCGUCCUCUUCUCAAAGGAGCUUUUCCUAAUGUGCUAAAGUGAUGGGGCGCCAAAUUCACAGUCCUUGUGAGACUCCAGUAGUACCAGUUGUUCAAAUCAAGUGGGUAAGUUAUGGGGUGUAAAAUUCCCACUAUGCGUUUCAACAGUUUUUCUGAUACUACUUGAUUUGUCUAACUGAUGCUGCUGAUGUCUCAUAUCAGCUUCAGCUGAACUUUGAAAUAGAUUUAAAAGCAGAACUAGGACUUUGGAUUUGUCCCCCAGCAUGCCACGGAGGGAUCUCCUGAACACGAGGUGUGAUUACCGCAAGUAAGACCUGUGCUUGUAUGAGUACUGUCAUGGCAGACGUGGAAAAUGUGAACCGUGCUUUAAUAUUUGUUCUAGAUGGAGGAAGAAUUCCUCCAUCUAGCAGUUUGUUUGGUAACUGCAUAUAGCCAUUAAUGCUCUGUUUGCACGGUUACAUCGGCCCACAACCAAACACAACAACAUGUUUUGAGUAUGUAACCGUCGAAUACAUUGCCUUAAACUGGAUUUCUCUAUGUAUCAAAAGAUAUGUUGGAUUUGUGUGUACCAAAGCAAUAUUUAUGUGUAUUCUCAUCAGGGCCUGUGUUACAAAAGAGUGCAUAUAUAGAUUGCUGCUUUGACUAUGAGAAAGAAUAAUACAUUAGUUUGAAUGUUUUUGCUCAAUAUUGAACUCUUGUACAGUAUUUUAGGGCCUUUUUUUUUUUUUUUAAUUAUCAGAUAUUCUGCCUUUAUGAUGUUAUUACAAACAACUUUUUUGUACCUGUUUGCUUGUGUUUUAUCACUCAGUCUUAUCACAAGGCCAUCACUGAUCCCGUGAGAAGUUCAACCUGAUUUUAUGGACAUCUGCUUUGCCAAAUUUGCCAUCAGGCGAUGUACAGAAAUGUGCAAUAUUGUUAGAUACGUAUGUUUUCUUUCCGGUAGCCUGAAGCUAAUUUAAAUAGUUGUUCAUUUCGGCAUGUCUGUGACUAUAAGCACAUUUUCUUUUUGCAGGAUUGUUAGUAGUGAAGACAGUAAAGAAAAAAUCAAAUGGAGAA